AAAAGCGGUGGGGAUGUUACGUAAUGCCGUUGUCACGUGACCUCUAAAGCGGAACAACAAAGAAAACUUCGGGGUUCGUCUCCGAGAGGGCAGUAGAAGAGGGCUUCAGGAUGUCUGUACCUGGAAGUUUCGCGGUGCUCCGUGUCUUGUGGUUGCUAUCAGUGUUUGGCACGGUGCUCCCGCUGGACGGCGGCAUGCUCUUUCCUCGGGAGUCCACCUCCAGGGAGGUGAAGGAGCUGAACGGGCUGUGGGAUUUCAGGCCUGACGGGUCCCCCAACAGGAACGAGGGCUUCGAGAAGGUUUGGUACAAACGUCGGCUGGCAGAGACCGGCCCAGUGAUUGAAAUGCCAGUUCCUGCCAGCUACAAUGACAUCACACAGGACCCCACACUAAGAGAUUUCAUUGGCUGGGUGUGGUAUGAGCGAGAGGUGUUUGUGCCGGCCCGCUGGAUCUCCGAUGAGGGAACAAGAGUGGUUCUUAGAGUGGGAAGUGCUCACUAUUACUCAAUAGUGUGGGUGAAUGGAGAGAAAGUGACAGAGCAUGAAGGUGGCCAUCUGCCUUUUGAGGCAGAGAUUAGUAGUUUAAUCCGCAGGGACCCAACGAAGCCAUGCAGAAUCACCAUUGCUGUAAACAACACUCUAACUUUGGAGACUCUUCCUCCAGGCACCAUCCAGUACAUGAAUGACCGUACCAGGUAUCCUGAUGGUUUUUUUGUGCAAAACAUCUACUUUGAUUUCUUCAACUAUGCUGGGAUACACCGUCCUGUACUGUUGUAUACUACUCCUAAGGUGUAUGUGGAUGACAUCAUAGUGGAGACCAACUUCAUGGAUAACACCGGUCUUGUUAGAUACAAAGUAUCUGUUCAAGGUGCUGCAACAGCCACCCUGAAGGUUACUCUGAUGGACAAAGAUGGCCACUGUGUGGCCUCCUCUAACACACCAUCUGGAGUCCUCAAAGUUGUAGAUGUGAAGCUGUGGUGGCCGUACUUGAUGCACGAGAAUCCAGGUUACCUUUAUUCUAUGGAGGUCCACCUAAUAGCAGUCAGUGAGACAUCAACAUAUGAAGAUUUGUAUACUCUGCCAGUCGGCAUCCGCACAGUCAACGUUACCAAGACCCAGUUCCUCAUUAACAACAAGCCGUUUUAUUUCCAUGGUGUUAAUAAACAUGAGGACUCUGAUAUUCGAGGUAAAGGAUUGGACUGGCCCCUAAUUGUAAAGGACUUUAACUUAAUUAAGUGGUUGGGAGCCAACUCGUUACGUACCAGCCACUACCCCUAUGCUGAGGAGAUCCUGCAGAUGUGUGACCGUCAUGGGAUUGUGGUGAUAGAUGAGUGCCCAGGUGUUGGCAUCAAAGACAUGUAAGUGUCACUAAACGCAUCUCUGUAGCCCAUGAGUAUGUUUGAGGUCAACAGUGAGAAAUUCUGUGUUACAAUGUGUGAAGAUAUGGAGAAACUUACAUAUUGGUAUAUCAACGUCAACAACAUUUGUUUUCCUUGCAGGACUUUGAUAAAGCAUACCAAAGCUCUGGACCAUACCCGACCUGUCACCUACAUCACAGACAGUAACUAUGCCAGGGACAAAGGGGCUCCCUUUGUAGAUGUUGUAUGUGUAAACAGUUACUUCUCCUGGUACCAUGAUCCAGGCCACUUGGAGGUCAUUCCUAUUCAGCUCAACGCUCAGUUUGAGAACUGGUAUGGAAAGUACAAGAAACCCAUAAUCCAGAGUGAAUAUGGAGCAGAUGCACUUCCAGGGCUUCACAUGGAUCCGCCCAUGAUGUUCACUGAGGAGUACCAGAAUGCUCUCCUGCAGAGCUACCAUGAUGUGUUUGACCAGAAGAGGAAGCAGUAUGUUAUUGGUGAACUCAUCUGGAACUUUGCAGACUUCAUGACUGCACAAGCAAUCCAUCGUGUGGUGGGGAACAAGAAGGGUAUUUUUACCAGGCAAAGGCAGCCUAAAGCAGCAGCCUUCAUCUUGAGGAGGAGGUACUGGAGACUGGCUAAUGAGACGUGGAGACUGCCUCCUUGGACUAAAUACCCCUGUUCACUCUGAAACUUUGUUGAAGAUUGAUGCAGAAGACCCAUCAAGUCCCACCAUGGUGACAGGUGAUCCACUACUUGAUUCUGUGAGCACGGUAGCAGAACAGACUAAUCUUCUGCUGUCGCUUCUGAGGAUGCAGUAUGAUCAGUAGACUCCUGCUCUCACUAUUGUUCAUCUAAAGUGACCUUGGAGUCAUUUUCUAUACAUUGAGCCCUGUGCUGCUCAUUUAAAUCCAAAACCUGCUGCUAGUUCAGUCAUGGUGAUUAAGGAAUGUUUUUUUGUUUGUUUGUUUGUUGUUGUUGUUUUUACAAAAAAGAAUGACCUCUAAGUUAAAAAAGGUUGUCUCUGAACCAUCUUUGAACUAUAAGUACUUUAAAGCCUUGUAUACACUGCAAGCAAUUUGCUCAUCGCGCAUCGCUUUGAAGCUAAAGGCUCUAUGCUUUUGGACAUUCCAGAUUCAGGUUACCUAGGUGAUCCCCUUUGUAUUUACUAAAAGGUCAGAUGUCAAUCAGUGCAUUUCUUCACUCUCAUUGGUAGUUGCUUCAGUCUCUCGCCCGAAAGUUCAGAAAACAAAGUGGC